UCAGUUGCCUACCCCAGCUAAGCGUGAGACAAGGGACGCGCGGAGAGAAGCGAGCCUGCCUCCCCACGCCCCUCCGCCCUCACCCGCGCCUCUGCUCCUGGCUCCCCCUCCUCCCUCCGGGGGCUGGCGGUCAGCCGGGAGGUGCGGCCCGGGGAGGGGCCAGGAGCGGGAACGUGCCCCGUGCUGCCCAGUCUUUGUCUGCCGCCUCCGGAUGCACAGCGAUGGGGGAAUGGACCAUCUUGGAGAGGCUGCUGGAAGCCGCGGUGCAGCAGCACUCCACCAUGAUCGGGAGGAUCCUGUUGACUGUGGUGGUGAUCUUCCGGAUCCUCAUUGUGGCCAUUGUGGGGGAGACCGUGUAUGACGAUGAGCAGACCAUGUUUGUGUGCAACACCCUGCAGCCUGGCUGUAACCAGGCCUGCUAUGACCGCGCCUUCCCCAUCUCCCACAUUCGUUACUGGGUCUUCCAGAUCAUAAUGGUGUGUACUCCCAGUCUCUGCUUCAUCACUUACUCUGUGCACCAAUCUGCCAAGCAGCGAGAACGCCGCUACUCUACUGUCUUCCUUGCACUGGACAGAGAUGCCCCUGAGUCCAUGGGCGUUCCUGGAGGAGCUGGGGGUGGGGGCAGUGGUGGUGGCAAACGAGAAGAUAAGAAGCUGCAAAAUGCCAUUGUCAAUGGGGUGCUGCAGAACACAGAGAACACCAGCAAGGAAACAGAGCCAGACUGUUUAGAGGUCAAGGAGCUGACUCCACAUCCAUCCGGGCUGCGCACUGCAGCACGAUCCAAGCUCCGGAGGCAGGAAGGCAUCUCCCGCUUCUACAUUAUCCAAGUGGUGUUCCGAAAUGCCCUGGAGAUUGGGUUUCUGGUGGGCCAAUAUUUUCUCUAUGGCUUCAGUGUCCCGGGGCUGUAUGAGUGUGACCGCUAUCCCUGCAUCAAGGAGGUGGAAUGUUAUGUGUCCCGGCCUACUGAGAAGACUGUCUUUUUAGUGUUCAUGUUUGCUGUGAGUGGCAUCUGCGUUGUGCUCAACCUGGCCGAACUCAACCACCUGGGAUGGCGGAAGAUCAAGCUGGCUGUGCGAGGGGCCCAAGCCAAGAGGAAGUCAGUCUAUGAGAUCCGCAACAAGGACCUGCCCAGGGUCAGUGUUCCCAAUUUUGGCAGGACUCAGUCCAGUGACUCUGCCUAUGUGUGAAAGGGCAGGUUUUGGAAAGGCCUGGUGGGUGACAGGUAGCCCCGAGGCCAAUGACUACUUGGAGAGUGGCUCUGUCGGCCCCCAUUCUUGUGACUCUCACCGUUGAGGUGUAGGGUAAGGCUGUAUCAGUGGGAGAGGAGAGAAAGUAGAACCUUAGAACCUUGACCACAUGACACACCAUGGGUUCCACAAGGAUAGUUGUGUAGAGUGAUGAGAUGGAUGGGUUGGACUUUUGGGGGCCCUUUUCUUUUAUGGCCCAAUCUGAUCCCGAUAACAGUGGACUUGCACAGCUUCCAAGUAGGACUGAGCUUGUUGAGCUCUGUAUCUUGGUGAAUGGCAUGAGUCAAAUAUUUCACUGGUACAAAAUCUGUGACCUAUUUCAACACAUCCCUUCAUCCUGGGCUGCAGGACAAACAUCCUUGAGGCAUCCUUCAUGUACCUCCCCCAUCAGCAUGCCCCUCUCCUUCAACCCAGGAUAGCAUGCCAGCUUUUUUCUGAAUCUGGCCUUACAGUAAACCUAAUACGGUUUAUCUGCAAGCUAGAGGGAAUUACAUGGGGUGAUUUUUGGGGAAUGUCCAUGACAGCGGUUUGCAUUAAAGCUCCAUCUGACUAGCCCUUAGUCAUUAUGAAAACCUUAGGAAUGUCUUGAUAUUUCCAGUUUUUUAACUCAAACUGCACUGGUGCUGUUUAUUAGG